AUGAGCAAGAUUAACCAGCUGAUGUCAUACUUCUUCGCUAUCAGCCCGAUAACCAAUAUGCUGGAUGUAAAUAUCUGGAACUUUUAUCGCAAUGACUGCUUUUUGACCUGGGACCAAGGAACCGGCAUACUCCAUACUGAGUACCACCCCCAUAUCGAGCCUCCCCCGCAAUUUAAGCUGAAAUAUUCUGGGCAUGAAGGAGAUAGCCCGGUGAAAGCCCAGUCACAUAUUAGCAUUUGGACGGACCCCGGGUAUGCUAUUGGGAAGUGCCGUUAUACUGUCAAGCCCAUUGUACCACGAGUCGAAAGAAGUUGUUCCUAUCAUUGGGUUUUUGUUCCUCGUGAGGAUGGCGGUUUGUUUAUCAAGCCAGUGGUCGACCAAACUAUGUGUAUGCAUGUGAAUGAAGGUCGAGUUGUUCUUGAUACUUGCCGUGAUGACCGCAAGGGAAUGGCCUUUAUGUACGGCACUCAGGAAAUGCGGCACAAGCAUAUGCUGGCCCAGGAAACUCUUAGGCGGUUCCAGAGCGACCCAGAGAAAUCCCACAUUCUGAAGGAAAUGAUUCAAUCCGGCGAGCAUCUGUAUAGUGGCAACCGCUGUCCUCAGGAUCACUCUCUACCGGGUUUAGGGCCCCCUAGCCCUUUCGCGCCUCUAGAACCCACUCCCUAUGCUGCAUACGCUCCAUAUAACACACCCAGCCACUAUCCUCCUGCUCCACCCCCCACGGCUCCUGCUCCAAAAGCCGAAAACGGCACGGCAUAUUCGACCGUUUCGACUACUACACAAACUAGCAGUAUAUUUAGUCGCUUGGGCUCGGCAUUAAGUUCGGGGCUCCAAAUGUCGAGCUCUCUGCUGUCAGGUGAAGAGCCUAUGCUAAGCAACACCCUUCAGCGAAUUGAAUCGGUAAUUAAUCCAAAGGGCGUAACGACAGUUCAUAAAUGCACUAACUGUGUUCCAGAGGAAAGAGCUGCGCGUGCAGCACCUUUUGUUGUAGCCAAUGCUCAUGAAAGCGGCGGCUACGCGCCAGAAUAUCCUUCUUAUGGUGGCUAUGGCCAGCCGUACCCACAAGGCCCGAGCGGCGCUUAUCCUUCCAACCCCUAUUAUGGCGGCUACGCGCCCCCGGGGCCUUCUCCUUACGGUCCGCCGCCCUCGUACCCUCCUCCGCCGCAAUCAUAUUAUCCUUCACAUUCACAUCCACAUAAAGAAGGUUUAGUCUAUCGAGCUGUUGAUAAGAUGAUUGAAAGACCUGUCACUGCGGUGGCCAACACAGUAGCAGGAGCCGCCGAUAAAGUCUCUCACGGCAUUUCUAAAGGUCUAGGCAAGUUGUUUGGCCGUUAG